GUGGAGGCCGCCCCAACACGGUCGCGUCGCUCGCACGGAUUUGCACGCGCUCUUCGGCACUCACUCGCUGGCUCUCCACUUGACACUGACUGGCGAAGGCGCUGGGGACUGGGAAAGAGAUCUUUUUCUAUUGUGGAGUACAAGAGCUUCAUUCAGUGUGGAAAAGUACUUUGUUCUUUGCAUUUCCAUAGUUGUGGUACCUUUACAUGCAAGUACAGGUGUGCGACCCAGCAGGGUUCGUUGCGUUGUCGUGUGAUACUGUUGUGGCUGUGGUUGUGUUGUGACGCCAGACUGUGCAGUGUUGUGUAGGGGCACGUGCCCGGUGAUGGGCGUGACGCCCUGCUAGAGUACCAUGGUGCUGGUGGUUGGGGCCUCCGACGUCGCGAUGUUCCCCGCCGCCAACCGGCCGCCGCCGCACUCGGUGGUGGCCCAGCAGAGCCCCGCCGGAUACUUCGGCUACUACCCCCAGCAGGCUCCUCACCAUCACCACCACCACCACCCCCACCAGUACCCUCCCCCGGACCUCAACUGCAACCUGCAGCCCUUCAUGACGGGCCAGUUCUCGGACGGGCUGCAGGGCGGCGCGUGGCACAACACGGCCAUGUACAUGCCGCCGCCGCACCACACCGCCGCCGCCCCGCAGUGCCAGCAGCGCUCGCCGCACGGCUACGAGGAUUGGGGCGUCCCUCCCCUGCACCACACGGGCCCCACAGGCGCCGCAUCCCCCUUGCCGCACCCGCCCACCCUUUCGUCCAGCGCCGGGGGCCUGCAGCACCCGCCGCACACGCCCUCGCCCUGCGCGCCCGGGGCCACCGUGCAGCCGGGCCCGGGUUCGCCCACCUUCGGCCACUACCCGAAAUUGACCCCCGUGGGCGCGCCGCCCGACUUCGGCAGCGACGAAGGACUCGGCGGCGGCGGCGCCCAGUCCCCGAACGAGGGCGUGCUGCCGCCCCAGGGCGACGGAGCCGACGCUGGAUCGCCGCCCACCGCCCACGCACCGCCCUCGCGCCCGCAGCAGUUGCGAUCCCCGUACGAAUGGAUGAAAAAGCCCUCGUAUCAAGCGCAACCCAACUCAGAUGGCGCGUUCCUGGACAUGGACGGGAUGACGAUGAAAGGCAAGACUCGCACCAAGGACAAGUACCGUGUUGUCUACAGCGACCACCAGCGACUUGAGCUGGAGAAGGAGUUCCAUUAUUCCCGCUACAUCACCAUCAGGAGAAAGUCUGAGCUCGCCUCCAUGCUGGGGUUGUCCGAGAGACAGGUCAAGAUCUGGUUUCAGAACCGACGAGCCAAGGAGCGGAAGCAGAUGAAGAAGCGGGACGAGCUCCUGCAGAAGGAGAAGCUGGAGAAUCCCCAGUACCACGCGCCCACCGUCACCCCCGUGCCGCCCAUGCCCCCCAUGCACGCGCACGUCUCCUCCGCCCAGCACCUGCCCACGUCGAAGCCCCUCAUGAUGGACGUGAAGCCGGUCUUGGGGCUGGACUGACCCGAGUCUGCCUUCUAUUGGAGCCAGUGACCUGCACCAGACUUCUGACGGAGACGAGUACCAGAGACCCUUGAUAGCGCGAUGAGAUGGCCUGAUCGCUGGCAACACCUGACGAAGGCGCACCGCAGCGGCCGUUGGUCCCGGGUGGUCAUUUCGUGUUGCCAGUUCGUGUCGAGACGUGAAAAACUGCCUGGAAUUCUUUCUUUACUGUCUACCGGAGCUUGAGGACUAAUGCGUCGUAGUGUAUAGUUUGUGUAACAGUGAAAAACAAUCGUGAGAGACAUUUUACUUACGGGUGAGCUUUCGGUGGAUGUUAAAGAAAGGGAAUGGUGGUGAAUCCCAAGUGAAAGAACAGCAGUGAAUUGAAACGGCUGACAGCAAACUUUUAUGGCUCUCGGGUAGCUGAUGUAAAUCUAGAAAAAUUAUCAGUGAAUUUUAUGAAAAGGCUUCGUCUUACCUCGGGCGAAAAAGCGAAAGUGACACGCACAGAUCAUCGUUAUUGUGGAAGGUCCCUGUUUCCGUGUCAGCGAUGAAACGGCCGUCACACUCCACGCAAGUGCAACCGGGCCCGCUCGAAGAUGCUGGUGCAGUUGCACACUCCAAUGAAAGGCAAAGAAUAAACGGUUUCACUCAACUGUGAAUCGACUAUUUAUGAACAUGUAAUGUCAGUGACUAAACAUAAAAAUCUCAUUCCCGCGUAUAAACAAUCGCACGUUAUUUGAUUUUAAUGAAUAGGUAGCAAAGUAUAUUGUUGUAAUUCUAACUUAAUGAGAAGCAGCAGCCACCGACGACGAAGGCGCUGCGGGCGAGAGAUUUAUAUAAUGGUCGUAAGCAGCCGAAGGAAGGGAAUUCCUGCUGUUAAAACUGUACUGCACUCUACCUCCCGACCCUGCCCUCGGAACGCCACACUCAACGGGAGAGGAACUAGAUAUGUUUGUAUAUAUACACUCAUGUUUUGACUUUUCAGUUUUUUAGCUGGUUGUAAACAAUUCGACAGUAAGCAGACAGCUGUUUGACGUCUUACUUAGGAGCACCAGUGCAGGCAGAAGGAAGUGAUUGGACCCGUGUAUGUAUGUAUGUGUAUGUGUGAGUGUGUGUGUGACAGUAUGUCCGUUAAACUGUUAGUUUUUUGUUAUCUAUCCAUAUCCUGAUGCCACAGAAGGAACGUCAAUGGGAUCAAUAUGACGUGAACAAUAAUAGUAUUAUGAUUAUUCCAGAUUAAAUUGGUGUUGUCUAAAGAAAAAUUAAUAAAAUUGAU